AUGUCAAUCACAUUCAACGGACCAAUCGGCUGUCUCGAAAUCGCAACGGAGGCGCAAGAAUUCGACUAUCCGGUGGUUCUGAAACACGCAAAAUGCAGCACGAACGAUGCACGGAUCAUUAGAACCAAGCGGAGGGAGCCACCGGACCCUGUAGAUCUCUAUCAAUUCGUGAAGAACGCGAACCUCGGAAACGCAGCCGACCUCGCGCAAAGUUCAAAGGUCGAGUACCCACACAAAGACGGCCUAAUUCCAGCACCUUUGUUGCCUCAAAUUCCGGAUCCUGGACUGAGGGCUGAUCGAAAAGGAGUCGACCAAUCAGAUACCAACCUUUCGGCCGGCGCCGAAGAUCCGGUCUGCCCGGCACAGCUAGUGGCACUGCUUGACAUAAGCCGUCAUCUGCGCGCAUUGCUUCGCCACGCGUUACGGCCACCACAGAGGAACAGUGACGGUGAUCGUUUGAACAUUCGCCUACCGGUGACCCCCCAUUCUUUGUUCUUGCUGCUGCUCUGCGGUCUGCUGUGGAGUACUGAGGCGCGCAAUGUCCUCGCUGAGGAGAUGGACAAGGAGUCAAAGCCGCUGGUAAAACGCAUUCCUUUCUCAGGACCAUUUCCUAAUACUCUGUUCGUUUACUGUUACAGUUCGACGUAG